UGAUAAUGUUGAUCCAGAACAAGUUUAUUUGCAUUAUCCUGAUGUAGCUGCAAUAUCUACACAAUAAGUCGUGGAGUUGCAUUCUACUGAAUCUCCUCCGCAUCGACAUGAAUUGGAAUUUAAAUUUGAAGUACAUUUUUAUUCACAUACUCCGGCUGAAGCUGAUAUAUCAACACAAACCUAGGUUGAACUACAUACAACUAUGGUAGACGUUCCACAUAUGCAAUUUGAUUUUUUUGAAGAUGUACACAUCUAAAUUGUACAUUUUGAAUCAACCCAUUCAUAGGGUUAAACACAUCUUGAUUAUGACCUAGAUCGAAUUGGAUAGCAAUCAUCAAGACAUCCAAUAUAGUUAUUACAAGAGGAGCUAUCUAUUCCACCACAAUUUAUACACUAUAAACUUGUGGAAAGACCACAUCCUGAUUGAAUGCAUGAUGCAGUUGGUACACUGGGACAAUAUAUACAAGCUAAAUUAUACCAACCACACAUAUCCAUACAAUCUCCUUCUGAUCCCCAAUCUGAACAUUUAUAGCAACUUGGACCUCCAGGCCACCAACCACAACCUGAUUCUGCAUCGCAAAUAGUUGGAUCAGUUGAACUACAUUAAGCCAUAGCUUAUUAUAGGGUCAAACAAAAAAGAACUAAUGAAAUCAUAGAGGACUUUUAAAAAUUCAUAUUAAUGUUUUAAAAAAAAAAAUUUGAAGAUAUGA